UCUUAAACUCUCCAUUCACUUUACAUGUAAUGCCUUGGCACUGGUAGGCAGGUGCAUGUCUUUCUUUGUUCCAGCAGAGACACGCAAAUACAUGGCUUGUUAAGAAACUACUACCUGAGCACUGCUACUGGAAUUCAACGAAUAAGUAACAUAUAGCCUGUAUACAUCGUAUAUUAUACAAUAUAUCUUUUUAUACUAUAGUGAAUGAAUGUUGAUUUCACUUUGCUUUGGAGAUGGACACCGGAAUAUGUGAAAAGUGUGCACAACUGCUAAAGGACUUCGUUGCUUGUGUAAAGAGAUUGCGGUCUGAACUUGUACAGAAGAUAACGGAGUGUAUAAAGAACCUGACAAGAUGUAGCUGUCUGCGGAGGAAGAGAGCAACUGUUGCAUCCUAUAUCUCAGAGCAGCACGAGAGACAGGCUGCUCAGACACUACUGAACCACCUGGACACAGUGGAUUAUCCUCUACCCGUUGCUCUCCUGGAGCCAUACACAGCCCUACUGCUCUCUAAUGACAUGGAGGUUCAGAGGAUCACCACUCUGUCUCUGGUUCAUCUGCUAGUGAAGAACAAAGUGAGUAAGGAGCAGGUGAUUGAGACAGGGAUGCUGAUGCCCCUGCUAGAGAUGCUCCAGUCUGGGGACCCCACUGUCCAGUGUAACUCCUGCCAAUGUAUUGCCUCACUGGCCUCCUCAGACUCAAACCGGGAAGCUAUCGUGUCAGCUGAAGGGGUGAUUCCACUACUGGUUUUAGCCAAGUCUUACGAUCCCCAAGUCCAACAGAAUGCAGUCUGGGCCCUUUUAAACCUCACACAGUCUGAGAGGACGAUGGGAGUGUUAUGUCAAGAAGGAGCCAUUCCUGUACUGGCACUUCUGUUGCAGUCCUCCAACUAUGAGGUCCAGUUCUACAGCUGCUCUGCCCUGAGCAAUAUAGCCACCGUCCCGGGCCAUCAUCCCAAAAUGUUGGGCAUUGGAGACCGUUUUCUGUUGAAGUCUCUGCUGACACUCAUGUCCUCAUCAGUGCAGAAGAAUGCAUCCCAAGCUUGCAGAUGCCUCCAAAUCCUUUCAGGGAAUGUUGUGACCCAGGAGCAGCUGAUGUACCUGAACUGUGUGUUGCCUCUGAAGGCCCUUCUGUGCUCCGCUACUCCCCCUCUGACUGAGUCUGCUAUAGCACUACUGUCUGAGCUAGCCACACACCAACCCAAUAGAGAGGGCCUGGUGAAUGAGGGCCUGGUACAGAUGAUAGGGCAGCUGCUCCUCUGUCACAGAUCCAGCUCCAUCAUCAACCACAGUGUUGUUACCAUCACCAACCUCAGCAGCACCAGCGAGGGACAGCAGGCUGUUAUGGACAGUGAGUGUGUAACGGGACUUCUCAAGGCCCUUGUGUCCAGUGUGACCUCAGAGGAGACCGUUCUGUGUGUCACUUCCUGUUUACAUCACCUGACAAGCUGGGACUUACUUCAGUCUCAUUUGGCCACAAAAAUUACUCCUGAACAUGUUUCAAGUCUGGUGAAGUUCUCUGCACAAAUGGACAAUCUAGAGCUGUCCUAUAGGUCUGCUUCCAUCAUCAGCAAACUAAAGAUGAACGCACAUGUCAUCCAACUACUGACGCCACACUACGCUGCCAUCUCUGAAUAUCUCCUGAUGUACCUCAAGAACCAGGAAGUGCGAUUCCAACAGCUGAGUAUUGUUACUCUAUGCAACCUGAAGAAAGACGGAGAGUUUUCAGUGCUGAUGAGUGAUAGUGUGCUGGAGAAGCAGCUAAAAUGGGUGCAUGCACAGACGGAGCAGACCAGGCAGUUACUGCAGGCGAUUCAGAUGCCUCCAUCCUCCUGACCUGUCCACUGAAGCUCUCUCUGCUUCAGGACACGGACUGACACGUCUCUGCUUCAGGACACGGACUGACACCUCUCUGCUUCAGGACACGGACUGACACCUCUCUGCUUCAGGACACGGACCGACACCUCUCUGCUUCAGGACACGGACUGACACCUCUCUGCUUCAGGACACGGACUGACACCUCUCUUCUUCAGGACACGGACCUACACCUCUCUGCUUCAGGACACGGACUGACACCUCUCUGCUUCAGGACACGGACCGACUCCUCUCUGCUUCAGGACACGGACCGACACCUGUCUGCUUCAGGACACGGACUGACACCUCCCUGCUUUAGGACACGGACUGACACCUCUCUGCUUCAGGACACGGACUGACACCUCUCUGCUUCAGGACACGGACUGACACCUCUCUGCUUUAGGACACGGACCGACACCUCUCUGCUUCAGGACACGGACUGACACCUCUCUGCUUCAGGACACGGACCGACACCUCUCUGCUUUAGGACACGGACCGACACCUCUCUGCUUCAGCACACGGACUGACACCUCUCUGCUUCAGGACACGGACUGACACCUCUCUGCAUCAGGACACGGACUGACACCUCUCUGCUUCAGGACACGGACCGACACCUCUCUGCUUCAGGACACGGACCGACACCUCUCUGCUUUAGGACACGGACUGACACCUCUGCUUCAGGACACGGACUGAGAUGUGGGAUAUGCAUAUUACUGUUUGAACUGACUUGCCAUUACCUUUGAACCUGACAAUGAUUACUGUGUCGUGAUUAUAUUUUUAAUGAUGUUAAGGCGUUUUAUUUUCUGAGUGAUCACACUGUUGUGUUCUAAGCAUUUACAUCUAUAUUGCACUUGUGAACAGGGGGAAAAGAGGUCUAUUAUAUUUUCAUUUUUAUACAGAUUCAAUGCUUUUACAGUUGACAAACCAUUAUUUAAUGCUGCGUUCAGGUGCUAGUCGGAACUAGGAAACUUUACAUUUCAGACUUCCUAACUGGUGGUAGUUAUACACGUGCCGCUUUCAACCAGUUAGCAAGUCGAACAUUUCAGAGUUUCCUAGCACGUGAACGCGCCAUAAAUACAGCAAGUAUUCAGACCUAUUGACCUUUUCCCAUUUUGUCACGUUACAGCAUUACGUUAAAAUGGAUUAAAAAAUAUAUAUUAUCCUCAUCAAUCUACACACAAUAGCCCAUAAUGACAAAGCAAAAACAGUUUUUUUAGACAUUUUUUCGAAUUAUAUAAAAGAAGAAAAAAGAUCACAUUUCCGUAAGUAUUCAGAUUCUUUACUCAGUACUUUGUUGAAGCACCUUUGGCAGCGAUUACAGCCUCUAGUCUUCUUGGGUAUGACGCUACAAGCUUGGCACACCUUUAUUUGGGGAGUUUUUCCCAUUCUUCUCUGCAGAUCUUCUCAAGCUCUGUCAGGUUGAAUGGGGAGGGUCGCUGCACAGCUAUUUUCAGGUCUCCAGAGAUGUUCGAUCUGGUUUAAGUCCGGGCUCUGGCUGGGCCACUGAAAGACAUUCAUAGACUUGUCUCGAAGCCAAUCCUGUAUGUCUUGGCUGUGUGCUUAGGGUCAUUGUCCUGUUGGAAGGUCAACCUUCUCCCCAGUCUGAGGUCCUAAGUGUUCUGGAGCAGGUUUUCAUCAAGGAUCUCGCUGUACUUUGCUCCGUUCAUCUUUCCCUCGAUCCUGACUAAUAUCCUAGUUCCUGCAGCUGAAUAACAUCCCCACAGCAUGAUGCUGCCACCACCAUGCUUCACCGUAGGGUUGGUGCCAGGUUUCUUCCAGAUGUGAGAGAAUCUAGUUUCUCAUGAGCUGAGAGUUUUUAAGUGCGUUUUGGCAAUCUCAAAGCAGGCUGUCAUGUGCCUUUAACUGAGUAGUGGCCACUCUACCAUAAAGGCCUAGUUGGUGGAGUACUGCAAGGAUGGUUGUCCUCCUGGAAGGUUCUCCCAUUUUUAACAGAGGAACUCAGGCACUAUGUUAGAGUCACCAUCAGGUUCUUGGUCACCUUCCUGACCAAGGCCCUUUUCCCGAUUGCUCAGUUUUGCUGGACGGCCAGCUCUAGGAAGAGGCUUGGUGGUUCAAAACUUCUCAUAGCAAAGGGUCUGAAUACUUAUGUAAAUAAGGUAUGUUUAAAAAAAAAAAAGGAAUACAUGUAGAAAAAUGUAUACUAACCUAUUUUCGCUUUGUCAUUAUGGGGUAUUGUGUGUAGAUUGAUGAGAAAACAUGUAGUUUAAUCCAUUUUAUAAUAAGGCUGUAACAUAACAAAAUGUGGAAAAGGUGAAGGGAUCUGAAUACUUUCUGAAUGCACUGUACGUGGACAGGAGUGCAGUGUAUGAAACAAGUGACAACCUACUCAUACCAGAUCACAGUUUUAUCAGUGCAUUGCUUUAUUUGUUUUUACACUUUAAAAGACAGACUUACAUUUUA